GUUUAACAACACGUUUAAAUGUGAAUAAUUUAGUUAAAAUAUCCUGCAAUUGAUGCGUCCAAUACAGAAAAUUAUUGUGAAUGAGAGCAAAGAGAGAAAUUUCCUCUCAUAUUGUAACCUAAUCUCCCCUAUCGGCCUCUCGCUAAUAAUCCUUAUCGUGAAAAAGAGCAAUUUCCGUUCUUUUGUAGAAAUAAAGUACACACAACAAUACCAUUUAUUCAUUUUACAUUGAUUUUUGUUACCCUGGAUUUAAGAUUUCAACGCUGGCAAAAUCACAGAAGAUUUUUGCGUCAGACUCAGAAUGUUUAUACCUCAGUUCAAAAAGUGUCUUUUAUCAAAGAAUUCAACUUGGAAAUCAACAAAAAUCUGAAAAGGUUGGAACUUUUGGAUAAGAUGAAUUGUAUAUCCACAUCAGAAACUUUUGAUAAAUCAUAGACGCACAUGUUGGUAAGAUUGCCAUUAUCUUGGAGUUUUAAACUCAUGGUUCUAAUUUCUUUAACCUCAGCAGAAAUCUGUCCGUACCAGCAAACUCCGGAUGAUACUGUUCAGAAAUAUCUAGAAAACUCUGAACCAAAACCAAAGGAGGUAGGGUGCAGAGAAGAGAUGAUACUGGAGAAAGUUCAUGUUCCAGAAAACCUCCCUGGAGCUGAAAAAGUUGUUGAACUUCAACCAGCGGUUGUUCAGACAAAAAGAUGUACCGGAUUGUGUUUAGAGUCUGUAGCUUCAUCUUGCUCCCAUACUAUCCAAACCUACAGGAAUAUAAGUUUAAUGAUUAAGUAUGAAGAUGGCAACUGUAUUCAGGUUAAAACUAGUAUCAGGGAUGAAAGUGGAUGUAAGUGUGGUUGUACAAAUGAAUGCUCCGGUUUUUCAACUCUAAACCAAACUACAUGUUUAUGUGAUUGUUUAUCCACGGAAGUGUGUCCUUCUGGGAAGGAAUUUAGCUCAGAUAGUUGUGACUGUGUGUGCAAGGCGAGAGAUGAGGGUAUCUCCGGAUGCUGGUGGAAACAGGAGUGGAGUGAUGAGUUCUGUUCCUGCUAUAUCAAUAUGUCAAGUUCUGAUUACCAGAAUAUUGGAGUAGGAAUCCUAAUAUUCUCUCUGGUAAUCUCUAUCCUUCUGAAUAUCAAGAGCACACUGUAUACACGCAAACUUCUUCUCUAUAUAGAUGAAAACCGUGUUUAUGGACUAAGUAAAAGAUUAUUAAGGAACUGUGCAAAGAUCAAACCAAGACAGAAAACUGAGAAUGGUUGGGAAUAUGGAAACACUUACUAAAUUGUAACAAUCAUUAUCAAAAUUUAAUUUAAUAUAUAUCCUUUCAUAAUAAAAUUUAUAAAUUAA